UUUCGCCCCUUGUUACUCUUUUGUUCCAAUCAACGUUUCUUCCUUAAGCUUAGCUAUUUUCUGACCUUAUCUUUAGUUGGACAUUUGUCUUUGAGUGUAUUUUCAAAGCCAAGAAAUAUAAUUAGUAGUACAAGUAGUAGUAACACUAAUAGUACUACUAAUGCCUCAACUUUCAUGCCCAAACAAUUGGAUGUUUUCUUCACUUCUGUGUCUGCCGCCACUGUCUCAAGCAUGUCAACCGUUGAAAUGGAGGUUUUUUCCAAUUCCCAGCUCGUAAUCCUCACAAUCUUGAUGGUAUUGGGUGGGGAAGUCUUCACUUCCUUCCUCGAGAUUCAACUCGCAAGGCUCAAACUCUCCAAACACCUCCCACCUACGACGGCGCCAGAUCAAAUCGAUCACGAGCUAACGGUGGUUCCUCAUCCCGAUCAUCUUGACACCGAAAACGGGAAAAAACCCGGUUCGGAUGUCAACACACAAUACCUAAAGUACAACUCUAGAAGGUACUUAGGUCAUGUGGUUUUGGGGUAUUUCUUGGUGGUCCAUAUAGUUGGUUCUAUAUUAAUCUUUAUGUAUGUGACAAUAUUCUCUUCAGCAAGACAAGUACUAAAAACCAAAGGCAUCAAAACACCAACCUUUUCGGUCUUCACAACUGUUUCCACCUUUGCCAAUUGUGGUUUUGUCCCUACAAAUGAAAACAUGAUUGUUUUCAAGGACAACUCAGGCCUUCUACUACUCCUCAUUCCUCAAAUCCUCCUUGGCAACACCUUGUACCCAGUUUUUCUUCGAUGUACCAUCCGGGUUUUGGAGCGAAUAACUCGGAAAAGCGAGUUCAGUUUCUUGCUUAGAAAUCAUAGAGAAAUGGGAUAUGAUCACUUGCUGUCUGGUGUCCAUUCAGCUUUUCUUGCUCUAACUGUUUUAGGGUUCAUAUUUGUCCAAUUUGUUCUAUUUUGUGCUAUGGAGUGGAAUUCGGACGCCAUGGAUGGAAUGAAUUGGUAUCAGAGAUUUGUGGCUUCACUGUUUGAGGUUGUCAAUUCAAGGCACACUGGUGAAUUUGUUGUUGAUAUCUCUACCAUUUCUUCUGCCAUCUUGGUGCUCUUUGUCAUCAUGAUGUAUCUCCCACCAUAUACUUCAUUCCUACCAGUGAAGGAUGAAAAUAAGGUUUCAACAAAUAGCGAUAUUAGUGGGAAAAAAGGAUUAUUGGAGUAUUUCACAUUGUCAACUAUAUCUUACCUGGCGGUCUUUGUAAUUCUAAUUUGCAUAACAGAAAGAGAAAAGAUGAAAAAUGAUCUCGUCAACUUCAACGUCUUGAACAUCAUCAUAGAAGUAACAAGUGCAUAUGGUAAUGUUGGCUUCUCAACGGGCUAUAGCUGUAAAAGAAGAUUAAAUCAAGACGGUGAUUGUAUAGACAAGUGGUAUGGGUUUGCGGGGAGGUGGAGCUCUAUGGGAAAGUUUAUCCUAAUUGUCGUGAUGUUUUUUGGAAGACUAAAGAAAUACAGUAUGAAAGGAGGAAAAGCUUGGAAACUGUCUUAA